GUCUCGCCCGGCGUGUUGCCCCAGACACUAUGUACCACAAAUCCCCACCUCCACUCCAAUGAGAGUUCGGGAGGGGAGGGAGGAAUAAAAAGGGUUAAGGGGAGUCUUGUAUGGAGUCUGCUGGGCGGAGUGGAAGGGACCUGAUUGGAUGGCUGCGCGUGACGCAGGGGACAUGAAAAAGCUGAUAACUAGUUAAGAAGGCAGUUUGUAACUCUGGAAAAAGAGUGCAGAGCUUGAGACAUACAUUACGCAGAGGACGCGGACGCAGCCGGCGCAGAAACACAGAGAGCGAGAGGCUGAGUGAAAAGGGGGCAGAGAGAAACUGCAGCGUCCGGACACAAAGUGACUUGAAACAGAAGGACAAUGGUGCAGCACACAGACAACAGCGAGACGGACGGGAGCAUGUCCAGGGAGGCUACAGACUCGGAGGAGAGUGAAUUUAUGGCAUGCAGCCCCGUGCCGAUAAACCCGGACUGGUGCAAGACAGCCACCGGUCACAUCAAGAGACCCAUGAAUGCAUUUAUGGUCUGGUCCAAAAUCGAGAGGAGAAAGAUUAUGGAGCAGUCGCCCGACAUGCACAACGCGGAGAUUUCCAAGCGCCUGGGGAAGAGGUGGAAGAUGCUGAAGGACAGCGAGAAGAUCCCGUUUAUCAGAGAAGCAGAGCGGCUGAGGCUAAAACACAUGGCAGACUACCCCGACUACAAGUACAGACCCAAGAAAAAACCAAAGCUCGACAGUUCAAAAUCAUCAGCACCGUCUCCGGAGAAGUGCGGCAAAAUGACUAAGACCCCCAGCAAGAAGUGCUCAAAGAUAAAGACUAAUAAAAGCGGCUCCAAGUCCUCUCACGGCUACGGAGAGGACUGUGUGUUUCCCAGCUUCAAAGUUGCAAAGAUUGUGAAAAGUGAACUCACUGACGAGGACGAGGACGAUGAGUACGAGGAGGACUACCGGAUGGGAAUUAAUAAAGCGGGGGGUGAGGAGCGCAUGAGGCCAUACAAUGUCGCCAAAGUUCCAGCGAGCCCAACUUUGAGCUCCUCGGCCGAGUCUGAGGGCGCAAGCAUGUACGAAGAAGUGCGGAAAAACAACCGACUGUUUUACAAUAUCAAAAACAUUACCAAGCAGAGCACAUAUCACGCUGCUUCUGUCUCACCAGCAUCCUCCAGGUCGGUCUCCACAUCCUCCUCCUCUUCCUCCUCCAGCAGCAGCUCCUCUUCUUCCGGGGAGGACGCGGACGAUUUGCUGUUUGACUUUAGUUUAAAUUUCGCCCCCAGCGCCCCUGGGACGGAGCUGGGCAACCCCAAUUCAGGAAACCUCUCCCUGUCUCUUGUGGAUAAGGACCUGGACUCGUUCAGCGAGGGCAGCCUGGGCUCUCACUUUGAGUUCCCAGACUAUUGCACGCCAGAACUCAGUGAGAUGAUAGCCGGGGACUGGCUGGAGGCGAACUUUUCCGACCUGGUCUUCACAUACUGAACUGCAAAAAAAAAGUUGCUCUAGUAAUAACAGAGAAGGGAGAAAGUAAAUUAUAUAUGUGUCCUGGUCAAAGUUGUCCCUAGCUCUGCCUCCUCCUCCUCGUGUGGGUGGUUUUUUUGAAGGGUCCUGGAAGGAGUGUGAGAGUUGGAGGACCAGGAGGCGAGGAGGUGAGGUGGUGAGGUUUGAGGAAUGAGAUGCUUAUGAAGCUGGUAGCAAAAAAGCAAAAGUCUGCAGACGUUUUUUUCUGGCAGCAUGACAGGGUUUUAUGGAUUUUUUCCUCCCGUAUAGGUCUGCAUUUUACAGUUCAGCUUAAACGGACCACAAAGGGAAAAAUACGUGAACUUCUAUGCAUCUUUUCCUCUUAAAAACAAAACUGCAGGGAGCUGAAAACGGACUGUGGACUGACUCAAAGCAAAUCUGUGAACUGACAAUUGUUCAGGAUGUUACUUUACAAACGGUUUAUGUAAUUUCUUAAUGCCGCAAAAUGUUUGUUUGUUUUUUGUAACUGAUUCAGUUUACCUCCUGGUUUGGAAAAUUAAGCAGCCUAAACCUCUGCAGAGUACAGGUGUGGAGGAAACAUUUUGAUACAUAACAGACCUCAUCUUUUUAAAAGAAAAGUAAGAUAUUUUCAGGCAUAUUUUUGUACAGUUAAAAGGGAAUGUACUUACUGUGCUUUCAGUGAGUUUCAGGCACUUCUUCCCUUUAUCAUUUGUUUUUAGCAUGCAAGGGAGUCCUGGUUUUAAGGAUUAAGUUAAAUUAAAACUUGCAUCAAAAAUGCCUUGUGAUUUCAAACUAGGUUUUGUACAGUUGUAGAGCAGAUUUGUUGAGUAUUUGUAGACGAUACAAUGGCAUCAUGGGGAACACAUACCUCAGAGCUGGAACUAGUUUCAAGAUUGUAUAUGUACUGUAAUAUAGUAAAGUUAGGAGUUUAUGUAUAUCAUACUCGUGAUAUGUGGAUGGGUCCCGAUCGCAGGUGUGAAACUGGAUUUUGGUAUUUUUUAUGGCACAUACUGUUUUUCCCCCCUCUCAUUUUUUUGUGCAAUAUAUACUCUUAAGAUACAGACCAUCAACAAUUGUAGCAAGUGAUGGAAAAACAGACUUGUGCACUGUCAACAUCAUUUCAUGUUAUGAUGCUGAAGCCUGUCCAGGCAGGAAAAUAAACAAAUCAGCUGGAACUGAUACAAAACAAUAUAAUAUGGCCUCAUGGUGUGAUGCAUACUAUAGAUGGAUAUCACGAAUUGAAUGUUUUUUGACACAUAUCCGACACCAAAACACAAAUCUGACUGAAAAUUGGGGAAGGGGAGUUCUGCAAAAAAGGGGCAUAGUCUGAUACAGUGGUGGUCUGGCAUUAGUUUAACAAGCAAGCAAAAAAGAACAUUCCAUAGUCCUGUUUCAUAAAAUGAAACUUUAUUUUAAAACUGAAGACUGCCUUCUUUUUUUAAAACAUUAACCAUAAACCUGUAUUUUUUAUUUCUUGCACUUAAAAAAGCAGAUAUUGUUUAUUUUUAUGUGGGUCUUACAUAUGAAGUCUGUUUGAUAAAAGGUUUUGGAAUAUGACCUAAUUAUAUGCCGAGACAUUUUGUUGGAAGUUCUAGGCAGUAGUUACUUCACAUUCCAAGUGUGAAUCUGUCUUUGACUCAUCUUUUAAUAAAUAAGUACCUACCACCAUCGACUGUCCUUUCAGUUUGUGAAUAUAUGUACACAGAUGUGUUAUUUGUUGCGUUUGCAAAGGAUGUGAUGACAGAAUGAUGCCUAUUUUGUACAUAGGCUGAUACUCUGAAAAUGAUGGGCUCAAACUAACAUGUGAAUUCACAUUUAAUAAAAAGGAAAAAAAGGAAAACUUUUAAA